AUGGAUAGCAUGGCACCGGAACUGCUCAAGCAUAUACUUGGUUACCUUCCCACAUCGUCACUUCGCUCGUGUCGCCUUGUCGACCGUACUUUUUCCAUCAUUGCCUUCUCCCUUCUAUUUUCGCACAUACCACAUUGGCUGGAUUGCAAUAAGUCACUUCAAUUUCUCAUAUCGAUUGCCCACGAUGCAUUCAAUAGACCUGCAGUCAUCUGGUCUCCAUGGGCAACAAUUCCUGAUGUGCAUGUCGACGCAAUAUGGUUACAAAUUGUCUGGAAGUUAUUUCAGGGAUCCGAUUUUCAUGCCGGAGGAAGAAGAGAGGAGUUGACAGCAGAAAACUUUGCCAGGCUAAGCGGAGUAGUCGAGAUGAGUGAGGCGAGAUUAAGGACCGCUCAAGGACGCGACCUGUUUCUUGACUUACCCAUUAAUUGUCGUGCUUAA